UGCUAUUAGGUUACUCCCUACACCCUGUAGGGGUCAUUCUGACUACCCAAAGAUACUUUUGCCAUUAGUUACCUGAUUUUGCCUCUGCGUCUAGGCCCACCGCUCCCUCCAAACUUAAGCCAUGCCACGCGAUUAAGAUGAAUCCGCGCUUGGCCUCCCUUAAAAAAAUUCUAGCCUAAGGAAGGCUGUGGCAUAGUAUUACUAUUGACUCGGAUCAUGGUUUUGAUGGAUACUUCUGUGUCUCGUAGUCCAGCUCAGUCUAGCCAGCUCCGUCUAAGUGGCUCCCCUGCUCGCACCCCAAACCAGGAUGUAACCCAUAUAUCAAAUAUCCCCGUCUCCCGUCACUAUCGUCCCCUUUUCUCUCUUUCUUCCCGUUCUUGAUGUUUCUUUUCCUAUUUCUGUUUUUUCCAAACAUCCGUGUCUUGAAUAUAUACAACAAGACGACUUUGAAUAUUACCCAUACUUUGUUUUGCACCGCAAUAUAGAUUGUUGCCUAUUGCACUCGCCACUAGACACAUUCACUUGGUCGAAAAGCAACUAUCCGCGAGAAGAAGAGAAUACAGACAAACCAGGACAGCAUUGCAUACAACCGAAACGAACUGCGAAGUGACGCACCGAGAGAACAUCCGCAACGAAGGAAGAAGGGAUAUCAUCUGUACGGUCACACAGCCGCAAUUGGGUGCGCACAAACCGACGCUGUCCGCUGCGAGUUCACUGGAUCCUUUUCAAUUGGAAAACUAGAAUCCGUUAACAGACAUUCGACUCAAUCACUGAAACACUCGGAGGACCAAAUCAGUAAAUUAUCAUAAACAACAUGACGGCGGAUCAAGGGUUCGGAGGCCCGGUCGAGCGAUCGAGGCGGAGUUUGUCUACCUCGGGACCCGGACCUAAUGGCGAAGGAGAGACGAGACCUGAAAAGGAGACAGCCAGAAAACCAUCCACAGACGAGAAGGACGAUGCUAUAACUACCUCCCAAGUCUUGCCUCGCCGAUACGAUAGCCCUUCUGAUACACCAGCCCCAGUAGCUGCACCACUAUCACGAAAUCCUUCCGAAAUGUCAACGACAUCUAGUCCAGGACCUGAAAGUCGGAGAUCUCCUGCCCCAUCACAGCCUCUGGAACCUCCUGUAACGAAAUCAAGUCUAGGAGAGCUCGAAGUUUCUAAGAUCAUCAACAACCCCAAAUUGAGGCACGAUAUCAACUUUGACCCUGAGCUUCAUUUCAGACCUAAUGUGGAGGGAGAUAAGGGCCGAAAAAAGCACGAUCGUGCUAGCAUUUUCUGGACAACACUCAAAGAGGAAUUGGUCGAGUUCAUCGUGGACCGAGACAGUUUUUACGCCAAGCACGGCACAGGAGACGACUGGUGCUUGCCAAAGCUUCUCAAAUCUGUGAAGGAGAUCAUCCAAACCCUUGUGCCCCAGCGCGACCGACAGUUUCUCGAUGAGGGUCUAAACGUGGAACUUCUCAUGCAACAGUUUCACCGAGGCAUUGCCGAUUUGGAGAAGCUUGCUUCGUGGCUCUCACGAGUCCUCAAAUCUCACUGCGCACCAAUGCGGGACGAAUGGGUUGAUUCGAUGUACAAGCAGCUCAGCAACGGUAACAGCAACAACGAUGUUGAAGAGCUUGUCAACGGCAUGCGAAGUUUGCUCAGUGUCUUGGAGGCAAUGAAACUCGACGUUGCAAAUCAUCAAAUACGCUGUCUUCGACCAGCUCUCAUUGAAGAAACAACAGCUUUUGAACAAAAGUUUCUGAUGAAGAAGCUGCGAAAUCGCAAAAUGGAUAUAGGCGAUGCCAAACCGUGGUAUCAAGAGGCUGCUCGAACUUAUCCUAGCGGUGCCGGGAAGAUGUACUCUUGCUUUGGAGAUAUGGGGGUUUUCUUCGAAGGAAUUUCGCGGGCCAUGCUCCCCUCCGCCGGUGAGAAGCCUCUACCUGGUACUUUCUUCUUUGACGAGGACCGACUUGGACGCGUUCGAUCGGAUAUUCUGGAUGCCAUCAACCUAGACGUCUGCAUGCGCAUGUACGAGGAUCUUGAGCGGAUCGCGAAACUCAACUCGCCUCCCGCUUUUGCAAGCGCUAUGUCAGAUGACCACGAGUUCAACUUCAACACUCCUCCUUCGAGCUCAAGACCUUCCAGUGUUACACUGAGCUCUGCAGGUUCAGCUUCGUCAUCGCCACGCUCAUCCAUGGUCCUUCCCCUGUAUCUCAACUCAGAAACCAACGAAGCCAAAACAAGAGCCCGAAAUCUCCGCGACAGUCUGGUUGCUCUGCUUCAGCAGGCACCACACGACCAACAUUAUCACGAGAAGUGGCGUUCAAUGGCUCCCUCUAUGGCUCUGCAGAUCUUCCGAUUCACCAACGCCCCCAUGGACAUGCUUGUCCCAUUCGAAGAGAAGCUUCUGGAGAACGUUUGCCGCAUCUCCUCCCCUAUCUACAAGGAGAUGGAGGAGGCGUACCGCAUUCGCCUGCUUAACGAGCUCGCCAUGCGCGUCCGCUACUUCAAGGCUCUUUCAGGUGUAUGCUUGUUCUCGAUUGCCACUGGUAAUCGUGUCCCAACAAGCAGCCGCAGCCUGGAUGCAGGACGAGACCGAGACCUGGAUGCAGCCAUCCGCAUGGGUCAGCAAGAGGGUGGCAUCGAAGAUAUUGCGACUCGUAUCGCUCAUGUGGGCGUCGUCCACUGGAGGAUAUGGGCACGCAUGGCAUAUGUCGACGACGACGACAUGUCUAUGGACUAAUCAGCCCGCGGCGGAACAACAUCAUGUAUCCCUUUGUGUCACCAAUUCGUUAUACCCACAUUUACCUACUUUUUAAUGUCGAUACAUGAUCAACUACGCAAUAUCGGCUGGACCGCAUUACACGCACUGGCACACAACGCACACGCACUAUGCACUUCCUGGCCUGGAGCCAUCUGCUCUAUCUGCCAAGGGAGUGCAGAUUUUUCGAGUCAAUAUUCGGGUACCUACCCAAAAACAUACACUGGUCGGCGGCUCUCUGCAUUUACUCAGUUAUCACUGCAUGUUCUGCACUUUUCAUAAGAUAUGCUUGUUCUUUUACCCAGUCUGCGUUUGCUACUGUGGCGUUGCAUGGUGGAUAGUCUCUGUUUUAUUAGGGGAUCAGUGAAACCCCCCCUCCCCCCCUUUUUUUUUUGUAUUUGAUCUAAUGGCGCUUUUGGUGUUGUGCAUUGGAAUUAUCGAGUUGUGGUGACACUGACGUCGUACGGGCAAGCACAUGACCUCUUCGGCUUCAGGCUGUACAAACAUGUGCACAGCUUAUUCGCAUUUAGAUCAGGCGCACAUAUCUGACUUACUCAUACUGGAGCUUUGUUUCUUGAACAUACAUGGCGCGCUUAUAUGGCAAUUAGACUAGACAGAGAAAGACUAGAAGAAAUUUUACAUGUUCUGCAACGAUUGAUCCCCAUCUAUGACUGUUUGCUGGGACUGCCUGCAUCUGUUCUUAUCAG